CAAACGAAGCAACAGACCACUGUUAAAGUACUGGUUUAACGCGUCGUCUUCUUUUGUUUUAUAUCCGCUGUCUUUUUGUUACAUUGAAAACGAAUUCUCGUGCACGAGCCCAGAGCCCCCGGGAAGCAUGGCAACCAGAAAUUCGUUUUAAAAUCAAUUUGCGAUCCCCCGCCAUUGCCGCCCGCAACGGCAGUGAAAUCAAUUUCAUCGAAAAUUGCCGCAAAAGUGUGUAAAAAUAAUACAACCUAAGUGCGUUAACAGUUAUUCGCAUAAAAACGAGAGUCGCUUUUUUCGGCUGCUCUCACCUGCACUAACGGUAAAAUCAACAAGCAGUGAGCCCUGCGCUAUCCCGCUCACACACCACCCAAUAAUCCCCAAUUGAGGCAGCCGAGCCAUGCUGCCACUCCUACUGCUGACCCCACUCCUGGCGGCGCUGCUGACCAGCAGUGUAAGCGAGACGGCCGCCGACUAUGAGAACACCUGGAAUUUCUACUACGAGCGUCCCUGCUGCGCCGCCAAUGAUCAGCCGAACGGCCAUGGGAAGCACAAUAGAGAUCAUGUGCGGGAGUUCACAUGCGGCAGACUGUAUUAUCGCACCUUUCAUAUGAACGAGGAGCGGGACUCGCUAUAUGUGGGCGCCAUGGAUCGCGUAUUCCGUUUGAACUUGCAGAACAUCUCCUCAUCCUAUUGUGAUCGCGAUGUGAUCAACCUGGAGCCCACGCGUGAUGAUGUUGUCAGUUGUGUAUCCAAGGGAAAGAGUCAGGUUUUCGAUUGCAAAAAUCACGUACGCGUCAUACAGUCAAUGGAGCAGGGCGAUAGGCUCUAUGUGUGCGGCACCAAUGCCCACAAUCCCAAGGAUUACGUUAUCUAUUCCAAUCUAACACAUUUGCCCCGCUCCGAGUAUGUGAUUGGUGUGGGUUUGGGCAUUGCCAAGUGUCCCUACGAUCCGUUGGACAACUCCACUGCCAUUUAUGUAGAAGAUGGCAAUCCCGGUGGUCUACCGGGUUUGUACUCGGGCACCAAUGCGGAGUUCACCAAAGCGGAUACGGUUAUCUUUCGCACAGAUCUAUACAAUACAUCGGCCAAACGUUUGGAGUACAAGUUUAAGCGGACUUUGAAAUACGAUUCCAAAUGGUUGGACAAACCCAAUUUUGUUGGAUCCUUUGAUAUUGGGGACUAUGUGUAUUUCUUUUUCCGCGAAACGGCCGUGGAGUACAUCAACUGUGGCAAGGCCGUGUACUCGCGCAUCGCUCGUGUCUGCAAGAAGGAUGUCGGUGGCAAGAAUCUGCUGGCCCACAACUGGGCUACGUAUUUGAAGGCGCGCCUGAACUGCAGCAUCUCCGGGGAGUUCCCGUUCUACUUCAAUGAGAUCCAGUCGGUGUACCAGCUGCCAUCGGACAAGACCCGCUUCUAUGCCACAUUCACGACCAGCACCAAUGGCCUGAUUGGAUCGGCCGUCUGCAGUUUUCACAUUAACGAGAUUCAAGCUGCCUUCAAUGGUAAAUUCAAGGAGCAAUCCUCAUCGAAUUCCGCAUGGCUGCCGGUACUCAAUUCGCGUGUACCCGAGCCCAGGCCCGGUACAUGCGUCAACGAUACAUCAAAUCUGCCAGAUACAGUACUGAAUUUCAUCAGAUCCCAUCCGCUCAUGGACAAAGCCGUAAAUCAUGAGCACAACAAUCCUGUCUAUUAUAAAAGGGAUUUGGUCUUCACCAAGCUCGUCGUCGACAAAAUCAAAAUCGAUAUACUCAAUCAGGAAUACAUUGUGUACUACGUGGGCACCAAUCUGGGUCGCAUAUACAAAAUCGUGCAGUAUUACCGGAACGGUGAGUCGCUCUCGAAGCUGCUGGACAUUUUUGAGGUUGCACCCAAUGAGGCCAUUCAGGUGAUGGAAAUCAGUCAGACACGUAAGAGCCUCUACAUCGGCACCGAUCACCGUAUCAAGCAAAUCGAUUUGGCCAUGUGCAAUCGCCGUUACGACAAUUGCUUCCGGUGUGUCCGUGAUCCGUACUGCGGCUGGGACAAGGAGGCCAAUACGUGCCGCCCCUACGAGCUGGAUCUGUUGCAGGAUGUGGCCAAUGAGACGAGCGACAUUUGCGAUUCGAGUGUCCUAAAGAAGAAGAUUGUGGUGACCUACGGCCAGAGCGUGCACCUGGGAUGCUUUGUCAAAAUUCCCGAGGUACUGAAGAACGAACAGGUGACCUGGUACCAUCACUCCAAGGAUAAGGGCCGCUAUGAGAUCCAUUAUUCACCCACAAAGUACAUUGAGACGACGGAACGGGGACUGGUUGUGGUGUCCGUGAAUGAGGCCGAUGGCGGACGCUACGACUGCCAUUUGGGUGGCUCUCUGCUCUGCAGUUACAACAUCACAGUGGAUGCCCACAGAUGCACUCCGCCGAACAAGAGCAAUGACUAUCAGAAAAUCUACUCGGACUGGUGCCACGAGUUCGAAAAGUACAAGACGGCCAUGAAGUCCUGGGAAAAGAAGCAAGCGCAAUGCUCGACGCGACAGAACUUUAGCAGCAAUCAGCAUCCGAAUGAGAUCUUCCGCAAGCCCAAUGUCUGAUAUCAUGAGGAGAGUUUCAUUCUCAAUAUGCCGCCAUCGAGCACAUCGUCCAAACAGUUUUAGUAAAUCGAAUGCCGCCGCAGCCGCAGCCGCAGAGAGAUUAUAUUAUGCCACGCACACGCACACGCACACACACUUGCAACUUGCAACACAAGGACUUCUCGUCGUAUCAUCAUCAGCAUCAUCAUCAUAGACAUAUUCACUUCAGAAAUGAACACAAACAUGA